AAUUUAUCUAGUUUCCUCUCCGGUUGUUCCUGAGGCUGGCGUCUGGGGGCACCAUUCUUCCAUGGCUCAGAACACACUCCUGGGUCAAGCCAAUAGGAAACCUCUCUGCGUGGACCUAUGCCCAGGGACUCUGACCAGGGCUUCAGAUGAGCAUGGCAAGUGUCCGCUGCAAGCUGGCUCGUUACUUGGAGGACCUGGAAGACGUGGAUUUUAAGAAAUUCAAGAUGCACUUAGAAGACUAUCCUAGUCAGAAGGGCUGCACCUCACUUCCUCGGGGUCAGACAGAGAAAGCAGAUCACGUGGAUCUCGCCACUCUGAUGAUUGAUUUCAAUGGAGAGGAGAAGGCAUGGGCCAUGGCCAUGUGGAUUUUUGCUGCAAUCAACAGGAGAGACCUUUACGAGAAAGCUAAGAGGGAUGAGCCAGAAUGGGACAGUGUAAAUGUUUCUGUGAUAAGCCAGGAAGAAAGCCUUGAAGAGGAAUGGAUGGGUUUACUGGGGUACCUUUCCAGAAUCUCUAUUUGUAGAAAAAAGAAAGAUUACUGUAAGAAGUACAGAAAACACGUGAGAAGCAGAUUCCAGUGUAUCAAAGACAGGAAUGCCCGUCUGGGUGAGAGCGUGAACCUCAACAAACGCUUCACCAGGCUGCGUCUCAUCAAGGAACACCAGAGCCAGCAGGAGAGGGAGCACGAGCUCCUGGCCAUUGGUAGGACUUCGGCCAAGAUGUGGGAUGGCCCCGUGAGUUCCAUGAACUUGGAAUCGCUUUUUGAUCCUGAAGACCAAAACUCUGAGCCUGUGCACACAGUGGUAUUCCAGGGAGCAGCGGGUAUUGGGAAAACAAUACUGGCCAGGAAGAUCAUGUUGGACUGGGCAUCAGGGGAACUUUACCAGGACAGAUUUGACUAUUUGUUUUACAUUCACUGUCGGGAGGUGAGCCUUGGGAUGCAGAGGAGCCUGGGUGACCUGAUCGCCAGCUGCUGCCCUGGCCCAAACCCACCCAUAGGCAAGAUUGUGAGCAAGCCUUCCAGGAUCCUCUUCCUCAUGGAUGGUUUUGAUGAGCUGCAAGGUGCCUUUGAUGAGCACACAGAGGCUCUCUGCACGAACUGGCAGAAGGUGGAGCGGGGAGACAUUCUCCUGAGCAGCCUCAUCAGAAAAAGACUGCUUCCCGGGGCCUCUCUGCUCAUCACUACAAGACCUGUGGCCCUGGAGAAACUUCAGCACUUGCUGGACCGGGCUCGUCAUGUGGAGAUCCUGGGUUUCUCAGAGGCCAAAAGGAAGGAAUAUUUCUUUAAGUAUUUCUCAGAUGAACAGCAAGCAAGUGAAGCCUUCAGGCUGAUUCAGGAGAAUGAGAUCCUCUUCACCAUGUGCUUUAUUCCUCUGGUCUGCUGGAUUGUGUGCACUGGGCUGAAACAGCAGAUGGACAGUGGCAAGAGUCUUGCUCAGACAUCCAAGACCACCACAGCAGUGUAUAUCUUCUUCCUCUCCAGUUUGUUGCAGUCCCACGGAGGGAGCCAGGAGCACCACAACUCUGCCACCCUCUGGGGUCUCUGCUCAUUGGCUGCAGAUGGAAUCUGGAACCAGAAAAUCCUGUUUGAGGAGUGUGAUCUCAGGAAUCACGGCCUGCAGAAGGCAGAUGUGUCUGCUUUCUUGAGGAUGAACCUAUUCCAGAAGGAAGUGGACUGCGAGAAAUUCUACAGCUUCAUCCACAUGACUUUCCAGGAGUUCUUUGCUGCCAUGUACUACCUGCUGGAAGAGGAGAAUCAGGGGGAGAUGAGGAACGUACCACAGAAUCAUUCAAAGCUUCCCAGCCGAGACGUGACGGUCCUUCUUGAAAACUAUGGCAAAUUUGAGAAGGGGUAUCUGAUUUUUGUUGUCCGUUUCCUCUUUGGUCUUAUAAACCAGGAGAGAACCUCCUAUUUGGAGAAGAAACUGAGUUGCAAGAUCUCUCAGAAAAUCAGGGUGGAGCUGCUAAAAUGGAUUGAAGCAAAAGCCAAAACCAAGAUGCUACAGAUUGAGCCCAGCCAGCUGGAACUGUUCUACUGUUUGUAUGAGAUGCAGGAGGAAGACUUUGUGCAAAGGGCCAUGGGCCAUUUCCCCAAAAUUGAGAUCAAGCUCUCCACCAGAAUGGACCAUGUGGUUUCUUCUUUUUGUAUUGAGAACUGCUGCCACGUGGAAUCACUUUCCUUGAGGUUGCUCCAUAACUCAUCCAAGGAGGAGGAGGAGGAGGAGGAGGAGGAGGAGGAAGUUCGACACUCUGAUGAGGACCAUUGUGUCUUCCCUGAUCUUUCUGUUGCAUAUUCUCAGCGAUUGGUGAACUAUCUCACCUCCAGCAUUUGCAGGGGCAUCUUCUCAGUCCUGAGCAAUAAUUGGAAUCUCACUGAAUUGAACCUCAGUGGCAAUAGCUUGGGAGACCCAGGGAUGAAGGCGUUAUGUGAAACACUCCAGCAACCUGGCUGUAACAUUCGUAGAUUGUGGUUGGGGCAGUGUUGCCUUUCCCAUCAGUGCUGCUUUAACAUCUCCUCGGUCUUGAGCAACAAUCAGAAACUGGUGGAACUGGAUCUGAGCCACAAUGCCCUGGGAGACUUUGGGAUCAGACUUUUGUGUGUGGGACUGAGACAUCUAUUCUGCAAUCUGAAGAAGCUCUGGUUGGUCAGUUGCUGUCUCACAUCAGUGUGCUGUGAGGAUCUCGCAUCCGUCCUGAGCACCAACCAUUCCCUGACCAGACUCUACUUGGGGGAAAAUGCUCUGGGAGACUCAGGAGUUGGAAUUUUAUGUGAAAAAGCAAAGAAUCCACAAUGUAACCUGCAGAAACUGGGGUUGGUGAAUUCUGGCAUUACGUCAGGUUGCUGUCUAGCUCUAUCCUCAGUGCUUAGCACAAACCAGAGUCUCACGCACCUUUACCUACGGGGCAAUGCUCUUGGAGACAUGGGGAUCAAGCGACUCUGUGAGGGACUCUUACACCCCAACUGCAAGCUUCAGGUGUUGGAAUUAGACAAUUGCAGCCUCACGUCACAUUGCUGCUGGGAUCUUUCCACACUUCUGACUUCUAACCAGAGCCUGCAAAAGCUGAGUCUAGGCAAUAAUGACCUGGAUGAUCUGGGGGUCAUGCUACUCUGUGAAGUGCUGAAACAGCAGGGCUGCCUCCUGAAAAACCUGAAGUUGUAUGGAAUGUAUUUCAAUUAUGAUACGAAACAUGCAUUAGAAAGACUUCAAGAAGAAAAGCCUGAGCUGACCAUUGUCUUUGAGCCCUCUCGGUAGUGGAGGAAGCAGGGCUGCCAGAUGCCAAUGUUCUUUGCUCUCCCUGCCAUCUGGGUGUGGACAAGUGGUAGUGAGCACUCCACCAUCAGGGUUAAGACUACCACUCUGUGAUUCUUCUGGUCCAGUGAGGAAGAGAGCGGAAACUUGCUGAUGGUGCCUUUGCCUAGAGAGUAUGAGCAUCUCCUUUACCCCUGGGAUGAAGACACCAGGGCCAUAAAAUCAUCAAAUGAUGCAUUUCUCAUCACAGUGCCUCAGUCAGAGGAUGUGUUCCUCUUGGUGACCUUAUGUAACUAACUCAUUCAAUAAAGCACUUUUUCUUUCAUUUUCUCUUUUUACUCUAACUCUCCUUUCUCUCCUAUAUUCCCCCCCUCUUUUUUGUUUACUUUUGACUGUAUCAUCCCUCCUGCCAUCUUUCUCU